GUUAUAUUCUUCUUCUUCUGACUUUGCACAAUUAGUAUUAUACCUCUACUUUAGAGAAAACAGCUGUAAAUCAUCUGAUGUUUUGUUUAUCUUACUGCCUUUUGGGAGAAUAAUAUUGUACCUAAUAUAUUAAUAUGAUUGAAGAAACACCGAUGAUUAGAACAAUUCAUGGACAACUACAAGGAAAAUAUAUGAGUUCACGCAGUGGGAGAAAAUUCAUGGCCUUUCUGGGAAUUCCAUACGCCGCCCCACCAGUCGGGAAAUUUCGGUUUCUCCCGCCACAACCGGCUCAGCAGUGGGAAGGUGUGAGGAGAGCCACUGAAGAAGGGAAUAUCUGCUCACAAGGGAAAUAUGGAGGGUGUGAAGAUUGUCUAUUUGUGAAUGUGUUCACACAUAAUUGUGACAGUGAAGCUUUAAAGCCUGUCAUGUUUUACAUCCAUGGUGGAUCAUUCUACAUGGGGGCUCCAUCUAUGGGCAUCACAGGUCCUGAAUACCUCAUGGACAGAGACAUAGUUUUGGUGACAGUGAGGUAUCGCCUUGGACCCUUUGGGUUUCUCAGCACUGAGGACUCUGUGGUUCCGGGGAACAUGGGUUUAAAAGACCAAGUGAAGGCUCUUGAAUGGGUGCAAGAGAAUAUAGUGUCAUUUGGAGGCGACCCGAAAAAAGUAACGUUAUUUGGCUGCAGUGCAGGAGCCUCAGCAGUCCACUUGCAUAUGCAAUCACCAGCAAGUCGAGAUCUGUUUGUGAGAGGAAUUUCUCAGAGUGGGACUUCUCUUGGAACUCAUUCACUGAUGGGGAAGGGUACUGCUAGAGAAUAUACCGUAAAAUUGGCUAAACUGUUGGAUUGCUCAUCAUUAGACUCACAAGAAAUAUUACAAUGUCUACAACAGAAGACAACUUCUGAAAUUGAAAAAGCUCAUCAAAACCUGCAAUUUCCCAGAUAUGGCAUGACCAAAAGUAUAUUUCGUCCUGUGGUUGAAGUCAGCAGUGAUCAAGCAUUCAUAACAUCAAGUCCUUUACUAGCAACAACUGAAAAACCUUGGUUGGUGGGGUUGACAGCCAAUGAAGGUAUCUUGGACAUUCGUGAAAAAGUGUUAAAUCAUAUUAUUACUAAAAUAAGAUCAGACUAUAAAGACUACAUUCCCAAAGCAUUGCUUUUUGAAGACAUCUGUUCCGAACCAAGUCAAAUUGCAGAAUCGAUAUAUGAUUUUUAUUUUAAAAACUCAAUGAACAGAAAUGAUAUGAUCAAAUCGAUUGAGGAAAUGUAUACAGACUGGUGGUUUUUGUGGCCAACAGAGCAAGCUAUUCGAAAGCACAAAGGCCCUCUCUUUUAUUACCUCUAUGCCCACCAAGGGCAGCAUUCCUAUGCUGAGGUGUACAACAGUCCGACUGGGUUAGGAGUCAGCCACCUUGAUGAUCUCCUGUCUUUGUUUAGACAUUCCCUCUACUUUCCAGAACUAAAUGAACGAGACACGAACGUCUCUAAACUGCUUGUGAACUUGUGGGUUGACUUUGCGAUGGGAGGCAAUCCAACACCACAUCCCAUAAGCAAUAAUCCUCAGACAAACCAAGUUAAAGACUUCCUUUGGACAGUUCAUCAUAAGAGUGAUCCCAAACAUCUGCACAUCCAAACACAAAAGUUGUCUAUGGAAAGAGGAAUUUAUUCAAAUAGAUUAGAAUUCUGGGACGGGCUUCAUGUGGUUGAUAAACUUCCUUAAUGAACAUCUCAUGUGAAAAACUGCAUUCUUGUAAGAUGUGAUUUUACUGGAUUUACUCUUCAUAUAUAAAUAAAAGAAGUAACGUAAUAUGA